AUGACGUCAAGCUCAAACAACGCCGCCCUGGAGGUCAAGACGAAGGAUGGAGUCAAGUUCGGAAAAGAGCUGAGGGAGAAGGAGUUUUGCUUCAAGAAAGGAUUUUUGAACUUGAACCAUGGCUCUUUCGGUACCAUCCCUCGCGCGGUCCGCGACACUAUGCGUGAUUUCCAGGAUGAAUGCGAAGGUCGUCCAGACCCCUUCAUCAGAUACAGAUACCCUGUCCAUCUCGAUGAAGCUCGGGAAGCUAUGGCAAAGCUGCUCAACACACCUUCAUCAACCCUGGUAUUCGUACCCAACGCCAGUACCGGCGUAAACACCGUUCUUCGCAACAUUGUCUUCCAACCCGGCGAGCAUAUUCUCAUCUUCAGUACCAUCUAUGGAGCUUGCGAGAAGACAGUAUCAUACGUCACUGAGACUACACCCGCGGAGAGUGUCAAGAUCGCAUACACCUUUCCCGUAGAAGACGACUGGCUACUAACCGAGUUUGAGAGGAAGGUGAAAGAGGUAGAGAGCAAAGGUGGGAAAGUGCGAAUCGCAGUCUUCGAUACUGUAGUCAGUGCGCCCGGUGUCAGGAUGCCAUUUGAGCGCUUGACACAGAAGUGCAAAGAGCUUGGCGUCAUGAGCUGCAUCGAUGGGGCCCAUGGGGUUGGCCACUUGAACAUCGAUCUGGAUGCAUUGGACCCAGAUUUCUUCGUGAGCAACUGUCAUAAAUGGCUUCACGUCCCCCGCGGUUGCGCAAUCUUCCACGUCGCCCAACGAAACCAAGACAUCAUACGCAGUACGCUUCCCACAUCCCACGGCUUCACACCCAAGGGCGAAAAGGUCGAUUCACCCAUGCCAAAAUCGGCGUUCGUCAGCCCGGAUAAAUCGCCAUUCGUUAGCAACUUCGAGUUUGUGGGUACCAUCGACAACAGCCCCUACUUGUGCGUACCCGCGGCCUUAAAGUGGCGCGAAUCUCUCGGAGGCGAGACCGUCAUCAUGGACUAUUGCCAAACGCUCGCCCGUGAAGCCGGUAAACACGUUGCCGGUGUUCUUGGCACUGAAGUCAUGGAAAACAGCACUGGUACGCUGGGGCAGUGUUGUUUGUCUAACGUUCGCCUACCGAUAUCGCCGUCUCUGGUCCAAGAUAUCGCGACUAAGAGCGGCAUCGAUAAGGGAGAGGUCGGCAACAUGAUCAGGGACUUCAUGGAGAGGCUUAGCUGUGAAGAGUAUGGCACCUUCAUCAUGAUGAAAUGGUACGCGGGCGUUUGGUGGACGAGGUUGAGUGGGCAGGUAUACUUGGAAAUGGCGGACUUUGAGUGGGCUGCCAAGACCAUCAAGGAAAUAUGUGAGAGGGUGGAGAAGGGAGAGUGGGCUGUGCCGAAGGGUAAGCUUUGA